AAAAACGGGAGACCAUAGAUAAUGUAGGAGAUGGCGCCCCCCUUCAGUUCCGGAGUGCAUUGGUCCCAUUUCCAAAUAAGGUGCGAGACUGACAGUGGUCUGUCCCCGACCCUUUCUGCUUACUGCAGCAAUUUCCUUCUCAAACAACAAGGUAAUGGUGGGUAACUAUGGCAACCAGUGACAGUUUAAAAGCCCGCCUACUCUUUCUGGAGUCAGGUUGCGCAUGCAUCUGCCAUGUUAAUAAAAUCUGUCAGAGAACCCCAGUCUGAAUAUCAAACAAAACUCCAAAGGCAGAAUUCUGACAUCACCAGCGAUUAUAUAAGCUUGUCACAUCCAUCUACCUUCAUCACAACCUGUUAGCAGCAGUUGUCAAUAGUUUCUCGUGAGAAGUUACUUAGCAGUACAUAGGAUUUUCAACUUUGAAAUCUACUGAAUUUCUAGAGAAGUGAUCUAUCUUAGAACCACAAGCAAAAGUUAAAAUGGAGUCCAACCAAGACGUAGCAUCCAACAACAUCGUCGAGAGGGAAGUACAGCCACCCAAGCCACCCAAGCGCAAGAAGAAGAUGUCAUUUGCAGUCUGGUGGGCGCUGCACCCAUCUGAGGAGCUUAAGAUGUCAACUGAAAAUAUGGAACAGCAGGACUCUUCAUUGGUGACUGAAAAUGGUUCAAGCGCCAAAGCACUGCAAAAAGUGGAUCAAAAAGGGGACGGACAGCCACCAGAGAGUGAGUCCAACGAGAACAACCAGGUACCAUUUAAAACCUGUUCGGAGGAAGACAUCCUCACUGACCAAGAGAUUUCUGCUGGAAAUAUCGAAAAGCAGAACAAUUCACUGGUCAGUGCAGAAGAGUCCAUCGUUGGAGUGCAGGAGACAGUCGACACAACAGAGAAAGAACAGCCCUCUAAGUCUGAGGAACAGCCACCAAAGACGAGGCGCAACAAGAUGAAGGUGAAAAUGAUACCGUGGUCCAUGUGGUUGGAGAAACAUCCCCCCGCUGAACUAAGGACUUCAGGUGAAAGUACUGGAACGGAAGAUGAUUCACUGGUUACCGAACAGGAAUCGAUCUCCGUACUGAACGAGACACCAGAGAAGGAAGAGUCCUCUAAGUCCAGCACUGAAAAUGUUAUCAAUCAGGACACUUCUCUGCCUGAAGAAGAAGGUGAUCAGGAGGAUUCCUUUAAGACAGAGAUUUGCAAAGAGGAACUUGUUAGUUUUACAUCAGAGCCGGUGACCGAAGAACUGGAGAGCCUCUGUAAGGAAAACGUUUCUGGAACAAACAUAGAACAAGAAGUUUCUACAAUAGAAACAAUUGGGGAUCAAACAGCCUUUGUUAAAAACGAUAUUCAUACAAUAGAAACAGAGAUCUCUAAAGAACAGCAGGUCACUGAAGAAAAAACUGAACUGGAAACUGUUGUAAACCCGAUUGAGACAGAUCAACACUUGAUCCCAAUCACGAAGACAACAAAUCCUGAUUCGGAAAAAAUACCUGACAUCCCCCAGAUUGCUCCUGAACAAACUGAGACAAUAGUUGGGACAGUUUCAGAAGACGUAACACGUAAAGUUGAUGUAGUUUUCACAGAGGAGGAGUGUGGUCUAAUGGAAAAACAGGAAUCACCGCCUCCACAAACAAAGGUUACAUUAAACAAAGAUGAAGUCCAAACACCACCUCAGGAAUUAGAACCUCAAUCAGCUGAUGAGUCAGCUGAGGAGAACAAUAUUUCUGAAGAAGAAGAGAACCCCAAGAAAAAGACAUCACUGUGGAAGCGAAUCAAAAAGGCUCUAACUCCACCACUUCUACACCAGUUCAAAAACAGAUGCAAAGUCCAUCCAGCAUGAAUGG